GUUGGUAAUCGAGCCUAGGGUCUUUGAUGUUCAUCAAGUUUCUGCACGAGCGGACUGGAUGACGGGUAUAUGUAGUGUACAUAGGCGCAUGGGCAAAGAUUGUACCUCGCUUGCGCGACGCGUAAGCGUUGACUGGUGCAAAAACUAAUUGCGCAAGAACCACAUCCACUACGGGUAAAAAAGAAAGGUAGAAGGGAGCUGACAGACCGUCCCAUGAGUUUUUGCAUCAGUACGCGCGAAAGGAAAAAUUCUAUGUAGUCAAGCAGGUGGCUGGAACGCGUGGAGCCGCGAAAGUCGAUUUCGGAGAGAAUAAUAUUUGCGGUGCUCAAAACUUGUGUGCGAAGAAAGCGAGGUAGAGGAGCUAUAACCGCGAUAGUCGCAGCCACGGCUGUUGUUUGGGGUCGUCAGCUAUGAGUUGUCACGCAAAAGAAGCAUUGCGUGACGACCCGAGGGGAAACACUCGUGCCAAUACCUCUCGCUGUUGUAAAAAUUUAGAAGUCCCAGAAGUCUUAGCGUUAUUCAAUUCAGUCGAAAAAAUGGCCUCCGCGCGGAAUCCUGCGAAGAAACACGCGAGUUCAUCAUCGAGUACUACAAGUACAGAGGGACAAAAUCGGGGUGCUGCAAUCGCGAUGAAUACAUUUGCGAACGACGGCAGCUUUCUGGAACUUUUCAAAAAGCGAAUGGAAGCGGAAUCCCAAAUAUUGCAACCAAAAACCGAAAGUACGGUCGAGCAAACUGUGGAUCGGGAAGAGAAAGCUGGAAAGGAAGUCGAUGAAGGCUCCUGCCAAGAGAAACUUAGUGAGGGAAAGGUUCCUGGACCUUCAGUUUCAUUACCACAGCAGGGAAAGAGGUCAUUUGCUGUUGGAAAGAUGGGUGGCGCCACACGUCAAAUGCACGCAAAGAAAAAGAAGAAAGAGAAAGAAGCCGCUGAAGCAGCAAAAAAGGCAGAGGAAGAGGCUGAGAGCAAGUCAUCUGCGUGGAAAGCAUACAUGGAGGAAGUUAAAAAAUACAAAGAAAUGACUUGUUCAGAAGAUGGUGACAGAGUGUGCCCUCUUGUGAAAUGACCAGCUGUGGUAGUCCUAGGAAAAUCAAUCAUUAUUGUAGACUUGACAAAUAGUAAAGUAUCCAUGACUGUUAACUCUGCAGGGGGGGAAUAUUAAUCUGUAAACACUGACUGAUUUAUACCUAAACAGGUGACACCCAUCUGGACUUUCUAAUAGUCCUUUCUAAUAAUACUUCCCCACCCUGUUCCCCUGCUUGACAAGGUAUUGAUAAAUUAUGUAGAGAAAACUAAUAACAUUAGACAUGGGUGUUGGUAAAUGAACAAAGAUAGGGCUGGGCUUUGUAUGUGGCAAAUGAAACGUUUAUCUUUAUCAACUUGCAGUUGAUAAUGGUAUCAAGCUUGUGAAUUUCAAACAAACUCACAAACUCCCUACAGCUGUUUAUACCAUGCCAUAGAAAAUACAGCCAAUCAAAAUACAGGAAAGCCGUUGUUUAUUCGAUGGUAUGACACUCAACCUACCCAUUGUGUGCCAUGCAUCCGUCGCAUUGGUUGUGUUGGCCACUGUAUUUUCUAUGGCAUGGUAUAAAAUGGUUAUGCAACGCUCUCUCCUGGUAUAACAUGGGAUAUUCCUCGUCACUUGUAUUUUCUUGGUAUCCUCACUCACCAAAAGGCUUGUGUGUAUACCAAGAAAGUACAAGUGACUUGUGGGAUAUUCAUGAUAUACCACUCAAAAAUGUUGCAUAACUAAUAUUUAUUUACCUUUAUCAACUGUAAAUUGAUAAAUAACUGGAUUUUUUUUUGGCACCAUAAAACUCUAUUGUAAUAUUCAAGCAACCAACUAUUGUAACUGUUUCAAUCUGUAAAACUUAGUUUAAUGAUAAAUUGUCUUUGUUAUUGCUUAUAACAUUAUCCAACGAAGAUGUCAGAUUAAAUAACAUUUUUUGUAAAUAAACUGGUUAUCAUCUUGG